AUGCAGCCACCUGCCCUGCCGGUGCCCGGGCCCCUGGCUCUGCUGGACGCUACAGAAGGGUUUGGCAGGAGGAAGAAGACGGCCCUGUGGUUUGUGGGGUCUCUGCUGGCACUGUCCACCCUCAUCGUGACCGUCGGCCUCGCUGCCACCACCAGGGCGGAGAACGUGAGCGUGGGCGGCUACUACCCAGGCAUCAUCCUGGGCUUCGGCGCCUUCCUGGGCAUCCUUGGCAUCGUCCUGGUGGAGAACAGACAGCAGGUGCUGGUGGCUGCCAUCGUGUUCAUCAGCUUCGGCGUGGUGGCGGCCUUCUGCUGUGCAGUUGUGGAUGGCGUGUUUGCAGCUCGGCACCUCGAACCGAGGCCGCUCAGCAUGGGGAGGUGCCGGUUCCACUCCAGCGGGCCAGGGUACCUGCACGACACCUACCAGACGGAGGUCACCUGCCAUUCCUUGAACGGCAAGUGCCAGCUGAGGGUGAGAGGCAGCACCUGCUACUGCUGUGACCUGUACCCCUGCGACAGCGUGGAGCCCCCCCUGGUCUACUACGAGUUCGUGGGCGUGAGCGGCUGCGGGGACGCGCUGCACCUGUACAGGCUGCUGUGGGCGACCGCGCUGCUCAACGUCCUGGGGCUGCUCUUGGGCAUCGUCACAGCGGCUGUCCUGGGAGCCUUCAAGGACAUGGUCCCCGACAGCCCUGCCCAGCAGGUCCUGGCCCACGUGGGCCUCUGCUGGCCGCCUCUGGCCAUGCCCACCUGCCCGUCCUACCCGCUGCCUCUCCAGCCCUGUGGGCAGCAGCCCCGGCCUCUGCCCUGCACAGCUGACCCGGCUCCGACCUUGCCACUGUCCUGUGUCCACACCGAUCUGGGCUUGUCUCGGCUGGGGGCCCCGCUCAAAGGGCUGCCCAACCACGGUCCCUGCAUCUCUGAGGCCUCAGCCCUGAAUCUCUGA